UUCCAAAGUAUUACCAGUGAUUGCAUCAUAUUAAGUCCAUUGAAAAUAGUAUAUUUAGUCUUAAGAAACCGAUAGGUUAUGAGUGAUGUGUUGCCAGAAAUCACAGUCCGGGAAAAAAGUUGUGACCAAAAAUAGAAGGGCGAUUUAAGUGAUGGUCUUGUGCGCUUUGGCAAUAAUACCUUUUCCAAAAAAAAAAAAAAAAAAAAAAAAGAUCUUGAUUGUAAAUGUAGGACCUGUUUUUAGGACAAAUUGUCAAUGGUCCUGGAAAUUAUUAUUAUUAUUUUUAUUUGGACGGGGAAGAUUACAGUUUUAGCUACGGCACUAACUUCUAUUAGAGAAAAUAAAAAUCAGAAUUUACACACACUUAUUAAAUUAGUUAAUCAUACACUAGUGUUAGUAAUGUAAUUUGAAAUAACCCAGUAGCCCAAAUAAUAUGGCAAACUGGAGUUUCUCUAUUUGUCAAUAUGAUUUAUCAUUUUCUCAUUUCCCUUCAUAUUAUAAACGGAUUUAAUCUUUGAUUUUUAUUUGUGUACUUGAGCUCAGAAUUCAACUUUUUACAUUAGAAAUGAAGGUGAACCAGAUAUUAUGAAAUUCUGCAACAUUUUAUAAGAUAAUCUAAGGAAGUAUAUAAUUUCUUUUAUGUGAAUUGUGAAAAUGUGUCUUAACUGUAAAUGUUAGAUUAAAACGUAGCAGCUAGAUAGUAAAGAAAAAGGUAUCAGUAUGUAUAAGUGACAGUGUAAUAUUACCUCAAAUCUUACAGGGUUGUUUUUCAAAUUUGACCUUUCAGGUACCCUUCGAUAGAGAUCCAUGAAAUGAAUAUAUGAAAUGUCUAGUAAUUUUUUGAUACCUAGAUGAGCCACACAGAUGAAUGGCCUUAUACCAGAUUAUAAUCCAUGUAGGUGUUAUCAUGGUGUACAGGAAGUAAAAGUCAGUAAACAGUUGUAAGCAUUGUGUAGAGUGGAGCUGCUUCUGCAUUUGCAUCACUUUGUGCUCAAGCAUUAUAUUAUGGGACUAUGCUUGAAUAAGGUUUGCUGGUACACAGUGCUGAGAAUCACUUAUGUAGGACAGCAAGAAACAAUGGAAAGUGGGCGUCGCAAAGCACAUCCCAGCGGAGGCAAAGGUUUAAGUGAGGAGUGUGGAGUUAGUGUUGGAGACCGUGUCGUGUGGUUAACUGAGGAGUAUCCUGAGCUGGGUUGGGUGCGCUGGACAGGGAAACAACCAGGCUUAGAUGGCAGCCCGGGUUGGAUGGUUGGAGUGGAGUUUGACCAUCCAGUAGGUAACGACAACCACAGAGUCAAUGGCCGUCAGCUCUUUGAUGCCAAAAUGAACCAUGCAUCUUUAUUGCCUGUCACAAGUCUAAUGAAGGCUGAAGAUUUUCUAGGUUCUGAAGCCCUUAACGUGGAACACCACAGUGGACGUAACUCUAGUGGGAAAAGACCUGCUCACCUCACCUCAAAGGGAGAUAAUCAGUUGGGAAGUGACAUCUCCAGCAUGACACCAUUCCACCUCCUGGCCUACGAGCAACUCUCUGCAUCCGGCCAGCGCAACUCUGACCCGCCACCACCUUACUCUGAGAAGGAAGACUGGGAAAUCCUGCCGCACAUGACCUAUUCUGUGCAGAAAAAUAUGUUAUCCAGCAAUAAGGAAACCCUCCAUGACCACAAAUCCCGCCAGAGGGACAAGGGCAAGAUCCUGAACCGAAACCUAGACAAGAAAAACAACAAGUGGAAGUCUCCUGGCACGGGCACAAGGGCCACUAAUGUCAACGCCGACGUGGACCAGAAUUCUCCGAUUGGGGGCUUCGGCGAUAACGACUUCCCUGUGAACCCCCUCUACCAUUUGUCACUUCAUGGAAUUGACCAGUUGGAAGUUGUGUCAGACGGCGAUGGAAGUGUGUAUGAGACCCCAGAGGGUAGUGUAGAAGGUACGGAAGAGGAUCUCGACAUUGGGUCGCUGGUAGAGGUCGUCAUUAAGGAGGUCCCAAGGUUUGGUGUCAUACGUUGGAUUGGCACUGUGCCAGGAGACAAAAAAGAGGGGCGGAAAGUUGCUGGAGUGGAAAUGGAAGAUGCUGAGGAUGGCUUGUCAGAUGGAACAUUCAGCGGAAAGCGGUAUUUCACGUGUGCAGCUGGGAAGGCGUUAUUUGUCCCACUGCGCAUGUGCCAUAGGGACAGCCGCUUCCUGGAGUCCAUAUCGUCCAAUCCAAGAGCCAGUCUUGGGUCCUCAUCCAGAGCUUUUGGCAGUAUGGAUUGUCAACCAGUAGGUGGGAGUGUUCCACCCUUGUCAACACCAGAAGAAGUGCGAGCGAUGUUUGGCAAGAACCGAGGCAUUCAAGGUCACCAGAAUUCAUGUUAUCUUGAUGCCACACUCUUCAGCAUGUUUGCAUUUACCAGUGUUUUUGACAACCUGCUGUUCCGACCUCCAACGCCUCAGGACAUAAAAGAAUAUAAUGAGGUCCAAAGAGUGUUGAGGGAAGAAAUUGUGAAUCCUUUAAGAGCAAAUCUCUUUGUGCGUGCUGAUAGAAUUAUGAAGCUGCGUACAAUGCUUGACCAUCUUUCCUCUGUACGAGGCCUGACCACAGAAGAAAAAGACCCGGAGGAGUUUCUGCAUUCCCUUCUUGCACAGAUCUUGCAGGCUGAGCCACUGUUACAGCUCUCCUCAGGACAAGAAGCAUACCACUACCAACUCUUUGUGGAUAAGGAUGAGAAGCUGAACCUGCCAUCAGUUCAGACACUGUUUGAUCAGUCCUUUCUUACCUCAGACAUCAAGUUGAAGCAAGUUCCGUCCUGUUUAAUAAUCCAGAUGCCAAGGUUUGGAAAGGAUUACAAGAUGUACCCAAGAAUAUUACCUUCCAUGGUUUUAGAUGUUACUGAUGUUAUUGAAGAUUCACCUCGCCAAUGUAUCAUCUGUGGGAAGCUUGCAGAAUAUGAGUGUCGAGAGUGCUUUGGCCAGUGUGGGUCAGGUCUGGAGAGUAUCGCGUUCUGUGCCAAAUGCAUGGACAAGGUUCACAGCCAUAAGAAAAGGGGAAGUCAUGGAUCAACCCGAAAACUGAAAGUGCCCCCAGACUUCCAGAUGUUAGCAGACCACUGUGGAUCCAUUCCGAGAGUGUACAUGGAGCUCUUUGCCGUAGUGUGCAUUGAGACAUCGCACUAUGUGGCUUUCACGCGGUGUGGUUCAGGUGCUGAUGCCACUUGGUGCUUCUUUGACUCCAUGGCUGACAGGAAAGGAGAACAACACGGCUACAACAUCCCAACAGUAGUAGAAUGUGGAGACCUCAUGCAGUGGGUGGGAGAGGAAGGCAGCCAGAUGCUCCACGCUGUCACUGACAACAAAGCCCUGCCUGACCUCCCCCGACGCCUACUCUGCGAUGCGUACAUGUGCUUCUAUCAGAGUCCCAAAGUCAUGAUGUAUAGAUAAGAUAUGAGGUUUUUGCAGAAUUGCAGUGCAUUUUUUCAGAAUAAUUGGAAAAAUGUUGGGGAAAUGAAUGUGUGAUAAUGGGUAUUGCCCCCUCCCUAGCUCUCUUUAAUAAGGUGUUCAAUAUUUUUGAAAUUCUAACCAGUGUUGCAGAAACUCACACAAAUCAAAAGAAGAAAAAUAGAGCACAAAGCUUCUUAUUCAUAGUAGCUGUUUGAUCUGUGGUUUGCAUAACCACCAUAGGGAGCCAAUUGCACUAACCCAGUCUUAUGCAUUGCCUGAUUAUAGCAGCACUAUCACUGGGUCAGGCACGGAUGCCCUUCAGCCUUCAACCAGAAUACCAGCUUGGUGGCAAUGUUUGUCUAGGGAGACUUCUAUUUACUGUUUUAAGAAUUCUAUCUUGAAUAAGAUUACAAGUCCUGCAAAUUGAAUGGGUUAUUGAACUGAUAUUUAUGGUUGGAACAGAUUAUGAAUGGUACAUGGUUAUUGAUCUUAUUCUAAGUGGUGAAAGUUGCCAUCAGGUCUUCUUCUGCUUUUUGGAUCCUUUUAAAUGCAAUGUGCUUCUUUGAUUUUAAAAUUUGAACUGUAUAUGGAGUAAAGAGACAAAUUUCUAGAAGGCAGGUAAGGCAGCACUUAUUUUGCUAUGACAUUCAUGUAGUCAAGUGUCAUGAAUACUAUGACUAGAGAUUAGUGUUCUGUUGUUUAGCUUUAUGUGAGUAAAAGCUACUAAUAUGCUAGUCCAGAUUAAUUUUUUUAUCCUUUUCUUCAGGAGUAGGAGAGAACUAUGUAUCAUGCUUGUGUAGUAAAUGAUCUGGUAUUAAAUACAAUAAUUAUCUGUCUGUUGAGGUCUGGUGCAAAGGGUUAUAUAUACUGGAUAUAUAUAUAUUUUUUUGUUGCUUAAUGAACUGAAAUUUUCUUGUUAUUACAAAAUCUUACCUGGGUUAACACAGCCUUACACUAAGCAGUUAGUUUCCUAUAGAGAAGGGGUUUGAGUACCAUGCAAGCUGGAAUUUUUUCUUAAAAGUUAUCUGCUUUAUAGUAAUAGAUGUAGUAGAUAGUUUUAAUAUUUUCCUUAAAAGUGAACUGACUGUAUGUUAUUUUGUAAUAUGAGGAAUUUGCAUGAUUUUUCUGUCCUUUUAGUUUCAAAACACAGCCAUUUUUAUACUCCCUAGUGGAUGUGAUGAUGGUGUACGUCGGUGGUUAACAGACUUUUCUAGCCACAUUUUGGGCUACGUGUCAUGUCUCCUUGCCAUGACCUGAUCCCCCCCCCCCCCCUCCUUUUGCUGCCACCAGUACUUUUGUCACCAUUUAUCGAUAACUGAAUGCAUCACAUUUCCAUUGCAUACAUUGUAUACAUGUUUACUGGCAUUAAGUGGAUAUCAUUUGUAUUAGAUCAUAUAUUAUGUAGACUAUAUAUUAUAUGGAAACAAAAGGAAUAAUGUCAUAUUUUCACUGCAUCAGCCAGGAAACGGGAGUGAUAAAUUUUAGUUCAUUCUUCUAAAUUUCAUCUAUUGUGAGUUUUAUGUGCACAACGUAAGAGACUCUAAUCUACAAAUAUUAAAAGUGAAUAAAAAUGUAAACUACAGCCUGGAUAGAUAUUCUUAGACCUCAUGCAAGUUUCAAACUUAAACAGCAGUCAGCUCUGCUGAAUUGUACAACAUUUACUAGGUAGUCUUAAAUUUGUGAUAGUUUAUAAAAUGUAUAAAAUUUUAAUGAGACAUGAAUAUAGAGUUGGUUUUGCAGACUUUUUCUUGUGUACCCCCGGCUGUUGUGAACUUGUACCCCAAGGUGUAUAUACACUACUAUUUAGGAACAGCUUCAUUAUCUCAUACUUUAAUUGUUUAAUUUUUGGAAGGCAAGUAAUUUGAUUUUAAGUGUAUUACCCUUUGAAAAGCACUUGAUUUUAGCAAUAAAAUAUAUAUUCUCAUAAGUCAGAAAGUGAAAAGGUAAUUAUUUUUUUUAUAUUUUGGUGUAAUUUCAUGGAUUUAUUUUGUUUUGAAAAAUACUUUCAACGAGCAAGUGAUGAUAUCAGUGUGCCUGCAGAGAAGCAGGAAUGAAGUGAGUGAUGGGAAGAGAAGGUAAUGUUAGUCAAAGGCCAGGGGAAAAAAAAGAAGAAUAAAAGAAUGAUGGGAAAAUAUAUACAUGUAUAUUAAUUUACAAAUACUGGACAGGAUUUAGAAUUGUGGGGCCCUAAAGUUUAUGAAGCUUGGGAGCUCCUCAUAAAGGGAAAAUAGGGUUGUGUAAAACUUGAGGACAUUAAUAUUUUUAAUGUGUAGCAUAAACAAAUUAAAGUCAAAUUAAAGCAGUACAUAAUAUAUUCUAAAGGGCCACCAAAACUGGGAGGUCCCUUGAAAUGUGAGGUCCUAAGUAGUAACUUUGUAAUGUUUUGCCAAUGAAUUCCAGCCAUUUUUUUGUUUCCUCUGUCUUGAAAUAUUGUCCCCAUUCUUUAAAACUUAUUAAAUGGUCAGACUAUU